AUGAGCCCAACUACGCCGGAUGCGGGCGACAUACUCCGCGAAGAUAACUACUUCGUGUGGGAGGUUCAACGCAAGGAUGUGAGCCUGGCAAAGAAGGGAUUGCUAGAGCACCUAGACGCUAUGAAGGCCCCAGAAGAAGGAGACGCAAGCGCGUCAACUUGGAAAGUCAACGACAUGAAGGCCUUCGCGAUUGUGUCCACAAUGAUCAGCACAAAUCUUCAGUCAAUGGUGCGCACGGCAGAGACAACGGCAAAAGCAUGGGACAUACUGAAGACUUUCUUCCUGCGGCAAAGUAUGCACAAUCGUGUGCAGUUGCGGCGGCAACUACAUGAGUUCAAGUUGGCCAAGGGAGGAAGCAUCAUGGAUCACUUCCUGAGAUUUGACGAGCUGUGCAUGACUAUGCAAGCUGUGGGACAAGAGAUCUCACAGGAUGAGCAUUUGGUCAUCCUAUUGGGUAGUCUAACGAGAGACUAUGACCCUAUCGUCAAGAUAAUUGAGAACAUGCCCGGAAUGACACUGUUUCACGCUAAGGAAAUGCUGAGACGGGAGUACGAUGGAAUGGCGAGGACAGAACACCAAGAAAUCGCACUGAAAAGUACGCACACUUCCAAGUACAAGAAAGGUCCGCGCAGACAUAUGGGGAGAUCAAGUUCAAGAGGUGAAAAGUUUUCGGGAAGGUGUUACCGAUGUAACAAAUAUGGGCACAAGCGUCAAGAUUGCAAGGCUGAACAAGUGGAGACAGAGCGAUCUGGAGAAGAGAGAGCAUUUACUGCGUCAAGUCGGACGUCAGCUGGAUGGUUAUUGGACAGUGGGGCAAGCAGCCACAUGUGUCCCGACAGAAAUGAGUUUUCGAAUUUAAACUCACUGACGGACCCGAUCAUGAUCACCAUAGCAGACGGCAGCGAAGUGGAAGCGCAAGGUGUUGGGACAGUGCGCGUGCAACUCAAGACUGGUGAAGUGAUCAGGAUCGAAGAAACGCUAUGGGUGCCGGGCCUAGACCGAAGGCUACUGUCAAUAUCGGCAUUGUCAAAGAGGGGUCUACAAGUGAUCUUCUCAGAUCUGAGCUGUCAGAUCAGAAGUAACACGGAAGUCGUUGCCCAAAUACCAAGACGAAACAAGAUGUACGUCUUAGAGUGCAGUCCGGCUGAGGUAGCCAACGUUUGCGGAGAGACAUCUCAAGAGCAAGAAUCAAGUGACGGAUCAGGAGCGGCUGAUCUACAAGUGUGGCAUGCAAGAUUAGGUCACCUGUCAACGAAGAUGCUCAAGGGUAUGGCAGGUUGCGUCAAUGGAUUAAAGAUCAAGAAGAAUCAAGGCGUUGAAGAUGAUAUCGAGAUCUGCGAAGGGUGCAUCAUGGGUAAAGCAACCGUCAAGACGUUUCCGAAGUCACCAUACGGACACGUGAAAACCAAGGAGGUGUUGCAGUUGGUCCACAGUGAUGUCAUGGGACCUAUGGAAUCGAAGUCUCGAGGAGGAUCAAGAUUUGUCGUGACUUUUAUUUAUGAUUAUUCGAGAUAUAUAGUCGCAUACUAUAUUGAGAACAAGUCGGAAGUGACGGAUCGCUUUAUAGAGUAUAAGGCACUUAUGGAGAAUCAACUGUCCAAGAAGAUCAAGUGUAUCAGGACGGACAACGGGACGGAAUACGUCAACAGACGUUUCUCCGGUGUAUGUCGAAAAUCUGGUAUCAUGCAUCAGACGACGAUACCCUAUUCGCCACAACAGAAUGGGCUGGCCGAACGCAUGAACAGGACACUGACAGAGCGGGCCAGAGCAAUGCUCAGCCAUAUGCAAGUGGAUAAAAUUUGGUGGGCUGAGGCGAUGAACACGGCAGUCUAUGUGACAAACCGAGUUCCAUGUGCUAGUCACCCGACUAAAACUCCAUUUGAGUUCAUCUUCGGGAAGAAGCCUGACCUCUCCGAGAUGUGUGUAUUUGGAUCAAAGGGAUAUGCACAUGUCGACAAGUCGAACAGGACCAAGAUGACCAAGAAGGCGAUUCGAUGUAUUUUUCUAGGUUACUCGGAUCAAAUCAAGGGGCUUCGAAUAUGGGAUGAAGAUGCCAAGAGGGUGACGCACACGAGAUCGGCUAAAUUCGAUGAGAGACCACCACUUCAGUACGUGCAACGUUACAGCAGAUCAAGUGACCAAGAGUUUCGCGCUGUUCAUGACGAAGACACUGUUUCUAUCGAUUUAGAACAGCCACGAGUCACGAAAGACAUGGACAUAGCAAUGGAGGACAGUCACAGUGUUCAAGAAGAGAGUCACAUGCAAGACAGGCGUACAACAACGAUGGCUCUACCAUCAAGAUGCAGUAGCAAGAUGCCUGAACACGUGGGUUCCAAUGCUGACGAUCCAAUGUUUGAAAUUGAUGAUGUGACGAUGAUUGAAGAAGAUCAAGAAUCGGCUGAAGACGUGUCAAGACAAGGACAGAUGGUGAUACGACCAAGUCGACAGACAAGUAUUCAAGCAUCGCAAGAAACCGCGAUGGUUCCACUAGAAUCGGUUCAACAUGGACAAUCUCAAGCGUUAAUACCAGUGAAUGGUGCUGAUGAGGACUUUUAUGACGGCUCAGAAGUGUGUCAAGAAAAAGGCACAAAGAGACUACGUAUUGGGUAUGAGCAAGCAUGUGCAGCGUUCGAGACCCCAACGACAUACGAAGAAGCUCUUAAGUCACCUCGUCGUGAUAAUUGGUACAAGGCCAUUCAAGCUGAGCUCAAGGCAUUAGAGGAAAAGGACACCUGGACUGUUCAAACACAGCGUCCAAACCAGAAAGUGAUUGGAACCAAGUGGGUGUUCGCACUCAAACGAAACGAGCUGGGUGAGAUUAUUCGAUACAAGGCACGUCUUGUAGCACUUGGCUACAGGCAGACGUAUGGAGUUGACUACAUGGAGACAUAUUCACCUGUGGCAAACCUCAACUCAAUACGGGUGUUUUUGGCGGUGUGCUGUCAAAAGGGGAUGUUGAUUCAUCAAUAUGAUGUCGACACUGCGUUUCUGUAUGGCGUUUUGGAAGAAGAGGUAUACGUAUACCCUCCUCUGGGUGUUCGUGCAGAACAUAAUCAAGUGCUUAAGCUGAAUCGCAGUCUGUAUGGGCUGAAACAAGCGGCCGCUACAUGGUACAAGACAAUUUCGUGUGUGUUUGUGGAGAUGGGGUUCUUUUCAUGCGUGGCAGACUCAUGCAUUUUCGUCAAAGAGACCAAGGGCUCGUGGAUUUACGCUGCAUUAUAUGUGGACGACCUUCUAAUUGGGGCUGAAUCUACUGGAGUGAUGGAAGAUGUGGCAGCUCAACUAUCAAGUCGUUUCCAGUUGAAGAUACUAGGGGGUGUUCGAUACGUUCUUGGAAUCGAAGUCAAGUACCUGCGCAACAAUCGACGUCUGAAGAUCAGUCAAGGAUCGUGUAUAUCAAGAAUGGUCGAGAAAUUUAAUCAAGUUGAUGCGAAAGCAGUGUCAAAUCCAAGUGUUGAAGGGCAAGCGAUGGUCAAGAUGGACAAAGCUGACACAAGAAUGAAGAAUCGACCGUAUCGAUCGUUAGUGGGGUCGUUGUUGUAUGUGGCAACAGGCACACGACCAGAUAUUGCGUAUACAGUAUGUCAGCUGAGUCGUCAUUUGGAAUUUCCACAUGAAGAGCACUGGAAUGCAGCGAUUCGAGUGUUGCGAUAUCUGAAGACGACGCAGAGCAAAGGAAUUUGUUAUGAAGGAGUUUCAGGUAAUCUUCAGCUGAGCGCGUACACCGAUGCAGACUGGGCAAGUAACAAGUGGAAUCGCAGAUCGAUUUCGGGAGUUUUUAUCAUGAUUAAUGGCGCACCUGUGAUUUUCAAGUCGAAGAUGCAGCAGAGCGUGGCACUGAGCACGGCAGAAGCAGAGUAUAUGGCUCUUUCUUUAUGUGUGCAGGAGGUUCUGUGGACAAGAAGUCUACUCAAGGAGAUGCAAGUGCAGAUUAACUAUGCUGUCAAGAUUCACGAAGACAACCAGAGUGCAAUCGCUAUCGCUAAGAACGACGGCUAUCAAAGUCGAGCGAAACAUAUCGACAUCAGAUACCAUUUUGUGCGCGAACAGGUGAAAGACAAGAUUAUCGACCUGCAGUAUACUGAAACCAAGUCACAGCUGGCAGAUUUUCUGACCAAACCGAUUUCGACAAAGAAGUUCGAGUCGCUGCUGGACAAGGCCAGGAUCAGAGACUUCUAG